AAUGAUCCAACAAGAAGACGCACAGAACCAAAACAUUUCCUAAUUUUCUCCAAUUCCACCGUUUUGAUCCUCAAACAGAACCCACAAAAAUGCCCAAGUCAAUUAUUCCCAUCCCCACCACCACACAAAUCCCCUCCACCAAGACCAUCCUCUCCGCCGCCGCCUCUGUCGCUGCCACAGCCGUUCUCCUCCGCUCCGUCGCUAAGCAGUACGUUCCUCGGGAGCUCCGCGACUACAUUUAUCUUAAACUCAAAACCUUCAUCGCCUCCUUCUCUCAAGAGAUCACCUUGGUCAUCGAGGAAUACGAGGGACUCAACCAAAACCGUCUCUACAAAGCCACCGAGCUCUACCUGGAGCAAACAAUCCCUCCCUUGGCAAACAGAUUCAGAGUUUCCCUUCCUAAAAAAGAAGGCAAAAUUUCAUUAUCCCUCGGAAAACGCCAGGAGAUCAUCGAAAAUUUUCAUGGGGUUCAACUCAAGUGGAAAUUUGUUUCGAGAAAAGUCCCAUUAAAGCGCAUGCCAAGCUCCGAUCCUUUCGAUCAUUCGUUUCUGUCAGAGAGUCGAAAAUUCGAGCUCAGGUUCCACAAGAAACACCAGAAGAUGGUCUUGGAUACUUACCUGCAUCAUGUUUUAAAGAAAGCGGAUGAAAUGAAAGAGAAAAAGAAGACCCUGAAACUGUUUACGUUGAAGAAUGACAGGACACGUCCAUCGAGAGAUGCGUGGCAACAGGUAAAUCUCGAUCAUCCGGCCACUUUUGACACUCUGGCGAUGGAUUCCGACCUGAAGAAGAUGAUCAUGGAGGAUCUGGAGAGGUUUGUGAAGAGGAAGGAGUUUUAUAGGAAGGUAGGGAAAGCUUGGAAAAGAGGGUACUUGUUGUUUGGGCCUCCUGGGACAGGGAAGUCGAGCUUGAUUGCAGCCAUGGCGAAUUUUCUUAAUUUUGAUAUAUAUGACUUGGAGUUGACUGAUGUUAGAACCAAUUCUCAGCUCAGGAAAUUGAUGGUUUCGACGGGGAAUAGAUCGAUACUGGUGGUAGAGGAUAUUGAUUGUUCAAUUGAGUUCCCAGAUAGACAUGCUGAGGGCAGGAAGACUACGAUGCCCGCUCCCGUCCCUAAUCAAUUCAAUCAACCACCCCAGCCUGAGGUGACGCUUUCAGGAUUGCUGAACUUCGUAGAUGGUUUAUGGUCAAGCUGUGGGCAUGAAAGGAUUAUAGUGUUCACAACAAAUCACAAGGACAGGCUUGAUCCGGCUUUGCUGCGUCCUGGUCGCAUGGAUAUGCAUGUCCACAUGUCGUAUUGCACGCCCUGUGGGUUCAAAUUGCUGGCUUCAAACUACCUUGGAAUUACAGAGCAUCCGUUGUUCUUGAUCAUUGAAGAGUUGCUGGAGAUAACAAACGCAACUCCAGCAGAGGUGGGUGAGCAGUUGAUGAAGGAGGAGGUGCCUGAACUUGCAUUAAGAGGUCUCAUUGAAUUUUUAGAGGACAAGCAGGCGGAGGAUGGUGCUGUGGCAUUGAGGGUGACAGAGAAGGAAAAGAAAAGCUAGGGUUGUUGGGAGAUUGGAGUGAGGAGAAUUAUGUAAUAGCCUAAACUCAUAAAUUCUGCACAUUAGCAUCAUUAGUCAAAUACUCACAGUAGGGCGAUCCUAUUCUCCAUGAAAGGGAAGCUAACUACAAACAUGUCCUUGCUUGUGCAGCAAUAAAAAUAAAAAUCAGCAUCAUUUCAAACUUAACCU